UCGUCGGCGUAUCGCCUCAUCCGCCGCGACUGGCAUUGUACACUCUGCUGUGACUGCGACGACGACAUCGACAUACGCGUCCGAUGGCCGACAGUCGGCGGACUACGUUCGACCACGACGUCUGCUAAACGUUCAGCAGCUUGCGCUUUACCCAUGAUAUAUUUUACUGUAAAUUGUACGGAAGUGAAUUGAUGGUGCGAUGAAUGUGCGCGAGUUUUAUUCGUUUUCGUAUUAAAUUGCCGUCGUCAACAAACCGUUUCUAAAAUAUUAUUUCGGUACUGACAUUAUAAAAUAUACGACUUAAAUAAUAUUAACUACCUCCGAUGUAAAACUGUACCACUAUUACACCUAGUUUAAGUAUACCACUACAACUACUACUACUAUUACUACUCCUAUAGUUACUAUAUUAGGCCCUACUAUUUUAAUAAUAUGUUAUAUAUAUUAUUAUUAUAACACGCCGCCGAUAUAUCAAUUAUAGUCGUACCGAUUAUAGUAUAAUAAUAUUAUCGUGCGCGGGUGAUUGUCGAAAAUAACACAACGUUUUUCGCGUGAAAAAUACCGUCGCCGGGCGUUCGGAAUGAUGUUAAAAAACACUGAGGCCGACCUGCGACCCGGCAAACAGCAGCAGCUGAUGUUGGGCGCGUUCGGCGGCCCGCAAAUGUUGGCAGAUACCCUGCACGCCGCCUCGGCCGCCGACGACGAAGACGACGAUGACGAUUGCGGCGGUGGAGAUCGCAAGGGAGACAUGUACGCGGCGACCGCCAUGGCCAUGAAGGACUCGCCGGUGGCGGCCGGUCUGCAGGACGGCAACGGAUUUUGGAUGGCGGCCGUGUCCGCGGCCGGGCCGCAGAUGGACCACCACGCGGCCGACUAUCAGCCGGCCGCCGUGCCCGACUACAUGAUGCACCAUGUGAUGGGAGGCGGUGGCGGCGGUAACGAGAACGUGUCGCCGGUGGACCCACAACACCAGCAGCAGCAGCACCACCAGGUCGCUGCCGCCGCUGCAGCCGCCGCCGCCAUGUACCAGAUGCAGGCAGACCAGCAGGUCGGCGGCGGUGGUGGCGGUGGGAUUGGUGCCGGCGGAGGUGGUGGACAGCAAGAGUAUCCUUGGAUGAAGGAGAAAAAGACCACCAGAAAAAACAACCAUCAAGGAGUGCGUAAAACUACGUGUUUAUUCGAUGAAAAACAAAACGGUUUGCCUAGGAGAUUACGGACCGCAUACACCAACACUCAGCUCUUAGAACUCGAGAAGGAAUUCCAUUUCAGCAAGUAUCUGUGUCGGCCCAGGAGAAUAGAAAUCGCUGCAUCUCUAGACCUCACUGAAAGACAGGUCAAAGUAUGGUUCCAAAACAGACGGAUGAAGCAUAAGCGGCAGACCAUCAACAAACAGGGAGAAGACGGAGAUGACAAAGACUCGCAAAGUUCGAGCACAACUACAGGCAAACACGGAAAAUCGUCAGGAGGCGGCGGCGGUGGCGACAAACAGAUGGAUGACAAGAAAAGUUGUCAGAACUGCGACUUGCCACCCGGCAUAAUGAUGGAGCACGUGACCCGAAACAGCAGCGGAGCCGGAAGUAGCGCUGGCAGCGUCAGUUCGUUCGACACGAAAAUGGAAGACGAUUCACGGUCCAACGAGGGCAUCAUGCACAUGACCGUCAAGCGGGAACCGACAGGCAAAGCGGAACAGGCGCAAACGAACAAGAAAUCGGCGGCAUCGAUGUGCACGAAAGACCCGAUGAGACUAAUGCCGGACAUAUCGCCGGAAGUAGGUAAGUCCCUGAAGGGAGGCGGCACAUCCGUGGGAAGUUUGACGCCAUCCACGCCGGACACACCGUCUACCGCUCUCUCGAGUCCACUGGGCACUGCGGCCGCCAUGUACCAACAACAGCAGCAACACCAACAACAGCAACAACAACAACAACAACAACUCGAUCACUCGGUAUCUACACCGCCGACACCGUCUAAUGGCGGACCGACAGCCAAGUCACCGUAUUCAAGGGUCGCCGACGCUUAUAGACAACAGCAACAGCAAUACAACAAGCAAAACAAUUUCGGCGGCACCGGCAAGGACUGCUAUAUGUCACAGUAUCCGCCGACUACGCAAAGCCGCUGGUACAUGUCGCCGGAAACUUCGUCUCCCCCAUCAUCGUCUUCGUCUUACAAGUCCAAGUCCGGAGCGACCGCAGCCGUUCAGAGCCCUGGCAGGGUACAGCAGCAGUCCGGUCCGAACCAUUGUCGUCAGCAGUACUUGCAAGGCGCAGGUUAUGGUCCACAACAGCAAUACUGUAACGGUUACAAUAAUAACGGUUACCAGACCGGUGGCGGCGGUGACUCGUACCAGCAGACCACGACCGUACCGUCGGCCAUCGGUUACCACCACCGUCAGGCAUACCAACAGCAGCAGACCGGCGUCAGUGGUUACAGCGGCAGCACCGCUGCAGGUGUCGGGGGCGGUGGCGCCGGCGGUGACGAUUAUCACCAUCACCAUCUGAGUUACGCCGGCACGUACCAAGCCACCAGCCAGGGAUACGCGUCCAACAACCAUCACAUGGGAGGUACCGUCGGAAUUCAUCAUCAACAGCAACACCACCAACAUCAGCAACAGGACCAUCACUCAGGUUCGCAACUGUACAACAUGGACUACCACCAUCAACCACAUCAUCAGCAGCAGCAGCUCCAACAGCAACAGCAGCAACAUCACCAGCCGCCACAUCACCAGCAACAGCAGCAGCAGCUCAGGUACAACAAGUCGGCUGCUGCGGCGGCCGUGCAGGUGUCGGCUGGCCAGUACUACGUGGACCCCGUGGCAGGUGGUGGCGGCGGUACCGGAACCGCCGUGGCCGCCGUACCGGAACUGGAGGCAGCGUUCGCCGAUCAGUUCCACGCGCACGGCUCGUCCGUGGCCAUGACGCCGCCGAACAGCGUACGGGCGGCCGCGGCCGCCGACUCGUCCGGCGAUCACUUCAACAGUUUCCAUCACUUCUACAACGGGUCCACGUCGGCCGGCCCGGUGGUCGGCGAACCACAUUGUCAGCACCAGCAACCGCCGCUGCACCAGCAGCAGCACCAUCACCAGUCCGCAAACGCCGUGGCCGCGGCAGUCGUCGCGCCCGUCACCGGCAGCGCUGCAGCCGCGGCCGCGGCGGCCGUCACCGCCGCCGCAAUGGCCCAUCAUCCUCCGCCGCCGCCGCCGCUGCCGCACCACCACCAUCACCAUCACGGUGGCGUGCACGACAACAGCAACAGUUCGUCCGAUUUCAACUUCCUCAGCAAUUUGGCCAACGAGUUCGCACCCGAAUACUAUCAGCUCAGCUGAGAUUCGCUCUACUAUUAGCUCGCAUCGUAGCCGCCGUACGUAUAACUCGCACAUUCGUAAGGGGUGUACUACUACCACCUCAACCUAUGUAUACUCAUCGCGGUUUCGGUUUUCGCAUUAUACCUGUUAUUUCGUCUUUUUUUGAAUGUUGGUAUUCGUGGUCGACGCGAGUCGUCGUCGAUAUUUGUCACUGCAGCAUGCGCGUUUAUCCGUUUUUGUUUUCAUCAAAUUUUGAUUUAUUCUUCUCGUUAAUGUUGUCGCCUUAAUAAUUAUUCGUCGACUGUCGGACGGUUUAUCUUUUUCCAAAAUUAAGCGUUUUAUCGAAAAUAAUAAAAAUUAACACCGAAAUAGCUACUCCUCUUCGAGCCGUCACGCGUAUAGCAUGUGAGUAAGCACGUCGAAACCAUUGUAGAAUAUUUUACCAAAAACUCACAUCUCACAUUAAUAUUAUUACAAUAUUAGUGGCGUUUAAAAUCGAUGAACAUUAACAUUUAACGGCGAUCGAAUUUUUUCUUUUAUACGUUUCGCUUGAUUUUUUGAUUUUUUAAUCCAAAAAAUCUUUGGUGGUACGUCGAAAUUCAGUAGAUUCUAUUACACAGAUUCUAAACGGAUGUCCACUCGGAAAACAACUGUCUGCCGCGUAAUAUUUAUUUUCAUUUAUGUACACAAAAUUUGAUCACGCCCAAGCUAAUUAAAAUAUUAUUGUUUUUAUGUUAAGUAUAUUUUUUUAUUCAACUGUUACGUUUCAUCA